ACACCCAAAAGUUGAAUCUUUUCACAACACUUUAAUUUUGAGAGAUGAUCCCUAGUGGAAUUUACAACCUUCGCAGCAUUCGGUUGCCUCAAAAACCCAUUUUCCCUUUACUUUGCAAGAGUCGAAAAACCUUAGUUACAAGCUGAACUUCUGUUCCAGUAAACACGAAGAAACAGAAAGUGAUUGUAAUAUCAGGGCCAACUGGGGCAGGCAAAAGCAGGCUUGCUUUGGAACUUGCUAAGCGUCUCGAUGGUGAAAUCAUCAGUGCUGACUCUGUUCAGGUUUAUAAGGGUCUUGAUGUUGGAUCUGCAAAGCUUUCUCCAUCUGAUAGAAAGAAAGUGGCACAUCAUCUGAUAGACAUUUUGCACCCAUCUGAAGACUAUUCUGUAGGACAAUUUUUUGAGGAUGCUAGGCAAGCGACAAGAGAUAUUCUUCAUGGAGGUCGUGUUCCCAUUGUUACUGGUGGGACUGGAUUAUAUUUGUGAUGGUAUAUAUAUGGAAAACCAGAUGUUCCAAAGGCCUCUCGAGAACUUGCAGCUAAAGUAUAUUCUGAGCUUGCUGAUUUUGAGAGGGACGGAGACUGGGAUGCUGCUGUACAGUUUGUGGUUGACGCAGGUGAUCCAAAGGCCCAGUCUUUGGCUGCCAAUGAUUGGUAUCGGUUAAGGCGUAGUCUUGAGAUAAUCAGGUCUAGUGGGUCACCCCCUUCUGCUUUUCAUGUCCCGUAUGAUUCUUUCAAACAUCAAAAUGAACCAAGUGAGUGUUGUGACUUAAAGUCUUCUUCUGGUGGGCUCAAGCAAGAUAAAGUGAAGGAUUUGGACUAUGAAUUCAUUUGUUUUUUCCUUUCAAUCCCCAGACUUGAUCUCUAUAGGCUGAUUGAUCUGCGGUGUGAAAAUAUGCUCUCAUAACCAGAUGGUAUUUUGUCUGAGGCUAGGUGGCCUCUAGAUACACGUAUUCUUCCAAAUUCAAACUCUGCAACUCGAGCAAUUGGUUAUAGACGGGCAGUGGAAUACCUACUGCAUUGUAGGGAACAAGGGGGCAUGAGUUCCACUAGAGAUUAUUAUUUUUUAGCUGAAUUUCAGAAAGCUUCUAGGAAUUUCGCCAAAACACUGACAUGGUUCCGAAUUGAGCAUAUUUAUUACUGGCUCAAUGCUUCUAGACCACUGGAUAAGGUGCUUAACUUCAUUCAGGAUUCGUACCAUGUCCAAAGCGAGACUCUAUAUGUGCCUGAAUCACUCCAAAUGAAAAAAGACAUGUCGAGCAAGCAAGAAGCUUUUGAUCUAAAGGCUUAUCGUGCUAAGAACAGGCAUUUUGUCCACCGCGAAGAUUGCUCCGAUAUCCUAGACUGGAUAAGGAGAACUCAAGGGGUGCAGAGCUGAGGUUAUUCUUUCAAUUAAUUUGAUGUGGCUCCAUUUUGUUCUUAUUGAACUGGACAUCAGACAUCCUUAUCAUCCUAGCUGUUUGCUAAGGUGUGAUUUUGAACUAUUGCUUUCUAAAAAUCUGUUGAUUCUUUCUUAGUAUUCUCCUUAAUGACUUGCAUGAUAUUUUCGUGCAACCAUGGUCU